UGUCAAGUUUCAAGUUUUUGUAUUGUUAUAGACUUUCAUAAAAAAUAUUUUUUAUUUGUACGAUGGUUAUUCUGAUGUUAGGCAUAGAGGUUCUUGAGUUAAACAUUAAUGGAAUGUAGACAAAAAUCAUCUUCGUAAAGUUUUUGGUAUAAUUUGUCUUUAUUUAACAAUAUCAGAGCUUUUUCUCACUUGUGCUUGAUGGGACCUUUUUGUCUCAUUUUGGAAAUAUAAUUGGUGAAUCAGGAAAGAUUUUUUAAGGAGUAAACUGUGAAUUUUAGGAAUUUGGCUUCAAUAUGAAAUAAUUUCAAUUAGGAAUGGGCCCCAAAGAGUCCUCAGAAAAAAGUUAAGAAUAUAUACGCUUAUAUAUAUAUCCUACUUUAAAUAGACAAGAUAAAGUUUUCCAUCAGCUGUUCUUUUCAGGCAAUAUAGAUUCAAUAAUCACCAGAUCACAGGAUUCAUAUCUUACUACUUAAGGUAGUGUUCAUUUUUGCAUUUUACCCAAGUAUUACCUUGUGUCAUUUUACAAAAAAGGGAAUUUAUUUCUGGUAUUCACUAUAAAAGUUAUCAUCUUGAAUCUUCAAUAUCCAUUGAAUGCAGUAGAGUCUAUAAUGUAACUGACAUUGUUAGAUUGUACAGCCCAAUUUUCCAGACAAACCGAAACAGACUUUUUGGUUGGGUUUACAUGAUUAGUGAAUAAUUAUAACAGUUACCUUUUAGGAAGAAGAACAUAUUGUGUUUUUGCUACCUUCAUAAUUGUUAAUUUUCCUGAUAGAUUGAAUAGAUUGAAGAUAUUUGUAUAUGGAUUGGAGAUUUUGCCAUCCUGCAUGCUUUAUUAUUGUAUAACUAACCAUUUUAGCAAACCCUUUGUUCUUUUUGAAAACUUUUCCUUUCCUGGUAAUCUUUGUAUCUUUCUGCUGUCUGUUUGAAUUCUGCCACACAAUACAAAUAAAAUACAGCCAAAUGCUCUAAUCUGUAAUAUCAGUUGAAUAUUGAACAUGGACCACACUUCUGUGGUGUUAUGGAAAUAUCUAGAUGUUCAAAAUCUAGAAGGAAAAAAGCUCUAACAUAAAAAAUGACAACCUUAUGGAAGGGUUGGAAGCCAAACGUCUGGAUGAGAAUUCUAGACAAGGUUGUUAAGAUUCUGUACUGUAUCAGAAGCAGGCAUUGAUAUCAUUGCUUUCCUCUCCCCAACACAUGAAGAUUCACCAACAUUCAAAAUACAAGACCGGCCCAACAAGCCACUGUCCAGAAUAUACGCGCCAAAAUGGUUGCCCAGCAACAAGCGUCUGUCGCUAACCGUCGUCUGGCUCUCCAGAUGGCCAACAGGCCCACAGUACAGGCAGCUCUCCGAGUGAAAAAGCAAAACUUGAAGCAGAGACUUGGAGUAAAGGCAAGACUGAACCUGAAUGCUGUGAGAGGUGGCGGAGAUGGACGUGGCCGUGGCGGUAGAGGAAUGAGGGGACGUGGUGGAUUCCGUGGUGGACGUGGACAGAGAGGAGCUGGUGACGCCGCAAGGGUCGGAGGUCAGGGUAUGAGACGGGGACGUGGAGGUGGAGACGUUGGCAAUAGAGCCAGAGGAGGAUUCGGACGGGGUCGCGGAGGAAGGGGAAACUUCCAGAACCAGAACCAGAACCAGGAGAUUUCCACAGGAGGGUUCCGAGGGGGCAGAGGCAGGGGAUUCAGGGGAGACAACUGGAGAAGCAGGUGGGGUGACAACCGAGGGUACAUGGGCAGAGGCCAGGGAGGUAACCGUGGCUCAGGACAAAGCCCCAUGGGAAGGGGGCGUGGCCGAUUCCAGAGGGGACGUGGCCGUGGAGGUCAGAGGGGCAGAGGUCGCGGGGGUGUACAGACGCAAGUCAGCAAGGAAGACUUGGACAAUCAGUUGGACGUCUACAUGUCUAAGACCAAGAACUACCUUGAUAAUGAACUGGACGCCUACAUGCAACAGAGUGACAUCUGAAACAUUGGUUAAACAUCCGCGGGCAACAUCAGGAAACGCCAAUAACAUCCGCUGGCAACAUCAGGAAACACCAAUAACAUCCGCUGGCAACAUCGGGAAACACCAAUAAUGUCGCUCCAAAACAUCACUGCGUUAAACCACAACCUCUUAACCAUCAGGCCUGAUGUUAAUGUAUACUGAUGAGAAGUUACCCAUAACUGAAUGAUUUAAUAGAUGAUUAAAUGAAUGAUAAAAUAGAUGAUUCAGUGGGAAAUGUUGUCCUAAAUCACCAUGCAGCAUUUUGUUGACAGUUUUGGAUGGAAAUUUUCUUCAAAAACUGAUGUAUUGAGUGAGAUACAUCACCUUUGUAGCUGUGAGAGGUUGUAGGCUGUAUGGUCUGUCAACCUAGUGGAUCAUUGAACUUUCCACAUGAAUAUAGCAGGGCAAUACAUAAUACAUAUGAAGCUGAUCUGAAAAUGUUUGUCAGAAAAUUUUUAAUUUAUUGAAACAAUAAGUCAUUUUGUUUCUUUGUGAAUUCAGCAGGGUUUUAGCUAUAAAGGGGAUUGUCUUACUUCUAUAAACAAACAGCAAGGCUUCUGGGAUCUUACAUUAGACUAUUGGCUGUAGGCAACAACCUUGUCUUGUGUGGGAGGUUUGUGAAGAAUAGGGUGGUUGUGUUAUAUAUGGAACUGUUAACAGGACUUUUCAUUUUUGCAGUCCCAAUACAAGUUGUUUGUAUAAGAAUUAAGGACCCAGUGGUUCUAUUUUACUGUCAGUUAAGCUUCAACAACAAGUGUGGUUUGUCCUGAUAGAUAUGAGAUUCAUUAUUCAUUAGCUGUUUAAUGAUUAUAUGUUGAGCUAGAAACAAGAUUUCAAGAUUUUUAAUUUCAUUAAUCUCGUAUGAAAUAAAAACAUUUUAAAUCUCUUUUUAUGAUAUUUCACAAACCCAAUUUAUGUGAAUAUAUUCUUUAAUUCUGUUUUCUCUAACCAUCAUUUAAAGCAAAUUUAAAGUCAAACUGAUGUCAAGGCUAUUUCAUAUCAAUUGUCUUACAAUAAAAUGUUAAAAGUGAUACCCAUAUGUCUAUAAUAUUUGCCAUGUGAUAAAUGAUCAAGUCAAGUAAAGUUAUGAAUGUUGAUAGGUAUUGAUUUGUAGGAUCGUUAACACUGAUUACUGAUGAUUUUGUUUAAAUAGUAGUAGACUAGUGUUGUAUGGCUGUUGGUGAAAACAGGUUUCUGUUGAACUACUGCCUUUUAACAUUUUAGCCCCAAUGUCAUCAGGAAAUGAGUUGUUAAGCUAGGGAUAUGGUGUUCUCUACAGUAGAGAUCCUAUACAAUAACAUUGUAUAUGUAAAAAAGGAAGAAAAAGAAGCCUACAGUUUCAGAGGUUUGUGAUUUAUAUUUGUCAAGUUUGACAUAUUUUAGAUUAAUUUGAAGUCUUUCCCCAUCAAUUAAAUUUCACCUCAUACUUGAACACAAAUUUCACGCUUCAAUUUCAUUUACUGCUGUCUGAAAAUAAAUGGCUGUGUAUUUGUGAGAGAAAAAAAGAAUAUCACCAAAACAACAGAUUUGAAAUGUUAUCUGAAAUAUUUUAUUUGAUAUGAUUUACCCAGUGCAAUAAGUAUACAUUUAUAAGUAUAUAAGUACAAAUACAAUGGACUGUGUUAAUAUUUCUCUUGGUUUAUUUGUGAUGUGUUGGGAAAGGUUUUUUCUCUUAUUUAAUUAAUAUGAAUGAUAAAAGCUGGCAUCAUGUUUCUGAAAAAAAAGAUAAUUAUGAAAUGAAAUCAAUUUGGGAGACAAUAAGAGUCUUUGUGAAUUUCACAUACACAAAAGGGGAUUACUUGAUCUGCAGUUGAGGGGAGCUCAAAGUUUUUAAUGAGUGAGCUUAUGUCUAGCACUGAAAACAGUUGAAGUAAAGGCUCGGCAUAGGUAAUGAUAUUUUAAAAUCUGUACUACCUACCAAAUGGAUCCUAUGUUAUGAUCCCCACUGUAACACAAGAUUCAUCAUUACUCUGGAGCAGGGUUAAAUAUUAAGCCAGAUAUUUUCUCUGGGAGAAAACCUUGUUAGUGAUACAUGGACAAUGCUCGGCCUGUUUGAUAUUCCACAAACCUUCAAACAAAUCUUAAUGGAUACAAAUGUAAUUUUUACAGCUACCAAAUCUUGUUUAUAGAACUGUUAAAUCCAAUCUUUAUUGUUAAAUUUCACUGAACUUGUCUACAUUUUAAAUUUAAACAAAGUGUGAGCUGUCGUUGAUAUGUAAAUGUGGAAGCAGGUCUUGGCCGAUGUCCGAUCUUUCUUCCUCUCCCUUCGUGUUAACAUAUGAUCCUAUAUUAUCUUUGUUUAAUCUUGUUGUUUUAUGUAUGACUAUAACUUGAGAUGUAUUUCAUGUACUGCUUUAAUUUUGCCUUAUACACAUAUCUAGGUGGUUUGUAAUGUAGAUGUGAAGUAGAAGGUUGCGUAUCUGAACCACUUUAGGGACACGUCAAUUUUGUUGUUAUGCAGAUAUCCACAAAUGUAAGCAUAUACAUUUUAGCAUAUUUUAAUUUAAAUUUAAAUCCAAAUUAAAACAGAUCAGCAGUAUCAUCAGUCAGCACACCAAUAAUGAUUGCCAUAGAAAAAUAUGUAGAGACACUACAAUUAGCACUAUCAUAAUAUUUUGGUAUUCUUCCAGUGCAAAAACCACUAAAAUUAUGUUACCACAAAAAAUAUAUACGUAUGUGUUGUAUAACAACAUGUUACAAAGCAAGGACAUGGCUGUAGGUCAGAUAAUUGAAAGGUCAAACAAAUUGUGUUCAGAUAGGCGACUAUCUACUGUUUUGUUUUCCCUUUAAAACUGUGUUGUUAGAGUAGGAGAGUGUGAGAAGGGGAAUUAUAGAAUUUGAUGUUAGAAGAUUUGUUGUAUGAUUACCUCCGUGAGACGGAACAAACAUUUGUAUGGAAAGAGAGCGUUCUGUUUUGUAGUCAAUACAAAGUAUGUGUGUAUUAUCAUAUGUUAAUAGUUUUCAUCACGGAAAGAAAGAUGCUGAGAAUUUGUAGAACUGAAUAAAUACACAUCAUCAUUUGUUA